GCGGGGGAGGGGUGGGGAGAAGAAUGGCAGCAGGCGAUGAUGAUGAUGCCACCGUCCGCCACCAGGGCCAUUAGCAGAAAACAUGUCGUCUGCAGCGGGAGGGUCCCUGCAGGACAAAACUUUGAAUAAAGUCGCGCUGUGCUCAGCCGUCUUCGCGGGAUUCGCCUACGUGGGAUACUCAUACGCGAAAACUGCCUUCUGCAGGAAGUUGGCGCGCAGACCAGGCGCCUACGAUGAAGAGGAAACAGAGGUUUCGCGAGUCGUUUUCCGGAGACUAUCACAAACCACACAGACAGAUGCUCUACUUGGGAACCUGGACAUGAGUACGACCGGGAAAUUGAUAAUACGACCGAAGUCUGUUCAGGAAAGAAUACGUGAACUUAAUUUAAAAGCGCGUCAGUUUGCGGACACUUUCAUAGCAAUUCAGACUGGUAACGGACAUGCUGGACAUGCUCUAUCAAGAAAUUCAGCCAUUCACGAUCCAAAGAGUCUACAGUCUUCACCAUGGAACUCUCCGCGAUUACUAAGUCCCGUAGACGUUAGACAGCUCAUAACAUCAAGAUCUACAGAGAAUCUCACACAUAUUCCUCCAGAUGGCUCUCCUUAUAGACCUAAAUGGAGUUUAAAGAAAAAGAAAAAAGCAGAGGAAAAGGCGGCAGACCCUGAUGGGAAAAUACGCCGGAAGAAAGUAGAAGCAGAGGCCAUCACUCUUUAUAACAGCACAAAGAUGGAGCUUACACAAAGACUAGACAGCUUAAGUAGUAGAGGGAGAAAAACUCGGAGAAAAGCACACGUAGGGACUCUGUUCUCUACCUUCCCCGAGGAGCCGGUUUUAACACCAUACGAAGCCAAGAGCCUGGUAGCAUUAUUAUAUUCAGAAGAUAAGGAUAUAGUGAGAAAAAGUCUUGUAACUAUUGCCAACUGUGCUGCGUUUAGUGUUAAUCUUGAUUUUUUACGAGAAGUAGGUUGCAUUCAUCGGCUCACAACCCUGCUGAACGACACAGAUGUUCGGUUACCAGCUGUCCAAACACUGGGAAAUGUAGUGUUAUCGGAAGAAAAUAUUAGACAAGCCAAGGAUUGCCUUCCCAUUUUAAUGAGCUUUGUGCAGAACAGUCAAGGGGAUGAUGCCCUUCGGUUAGCCUCUUUGGUUGUCCUCACCAAUAUCGCAACCAUUAGCGAAUGGCAUGACGAGUAUUGCCCUAUGCUACAUAGACUGUAUAAUUUGGUGGACAGCAGUAAUCCGCACAUACAAUUACAAAGUCUACGGUUAUUGGUCAACCUUUCUUGCAAUAAGGAAAUGAUACCAUCUCUUUUGGCAGCUGAGGGACCCAGAAAACUGAGUACGCUAGUAGUACCAACGACAAACGAGGCGUUAUUAUUAAGGGUGCUCACUCUGCUAGCAACUUUAGCGCAGGCAGUUUGCGAUGACGAUCUUGGUCCUAAAGAUUUACCCCCUGAGGACAAAGCUGCCUCUCCGGACACCAUACACGAUGAAGCUUCUCCCACACGCUUGCAAGGAGGAAGGUACGCACGACUCUUCGGUGUCAGCAUCCGAGACCGUUUAGUUGCUCAGACGCAGGUUUUGAUUCGCAGUCACGAAGACCCAGAUAUUCAGCGCCAAGCCAAUAGGUUAUAUACUGCUUUAAAGGAUUAGCUAGAUAAUGAAACUUAAAAUAUAACUCACUGUGAUGACCUUUCCUUUUAACGUGCAUUAUUAUUAAAGUGUUAUUUUUGUGAAGCCGUAAAGGGGCAGCAGAUGAAAAGCAAGCCGAUGAUUUUAGCAAACUCACAAGUGAAUCUUCAUCUUUUGAGUUUAUUGCAUUAAAACUUUGAAAUCUCGUCGAUUCUGUAUAGUUGAUCGCAGUUUUAUGCUGUUUUAUGUAAGAACUUACACACACUGCUUCAGCAUGAAAAGCAAGGCAACGCUUCAGAUGUGUUUUGCAUUAUCAGACUGUAGUACAGUAUUUUGGAAGUCUGGUGUAUGUAAUGCGUAGGGCUUGAAAUAUUUGCUUGGUCAGAUUGGGUAUGAGGAUUAGGUAAGAUCAUUUCAGGUUUCAGUGAAGCAUGUACUACGUUAUCUUUGCCUCUUUGAUGUAAGAUGGAAAAUCUUAGCACAAUAUCUGCAUGAUGCCUCUGACUUUACCUCAACAAAGAGAAUCUAGUGGUAACCAUUCCGUAUUGCAUUUAAUAGUAUUGUUUUGGUGCAUACAGAUCUUCAAGGUUUGACUAGUUUGUUAUCCGGAAGCAUUGAAGCUCAUGUCUUUAUAGCUGUUUAAUUAUAGAUUAAUUAUACCAAUGGCAAAACUUGCUACCUAUGCAGGUUGUAUGAUAUUAAUAAAUGACGAUGUGUGAAUUCAUGAGUCAACAGAAUAUGAAUGUGUUCAAAUAGUAUGUAUAGUAGGUUACAUAUGACAUUUAUUUUUCAUGAUCGGUUGUCCUAUUUGCUGGAUGAGAAAUGUAUAUGUGUGAAUGUUAUUGUAGUUGUGUAGUAUAUAUUGUUCACCUUUUCUUUAGCCAGUGUUUCAGUAAGGUGUCAUGUUUCCGAUGUAAAUAAAACAGACCACUUCAAUAUCUGGACAGCCUCCGCAUAGUGUAAAACUCCAACUCUCUGUGGUGUCAUCAUACUUAAUACCUGUACUAUACCUAAACAGAUUAAUCACAGUAUAAUGUAUUAUAAAUAUUACUCACUAUGAAUUUUAAAGCCUCCAGCUCUUGUGCCACUAAAGCUACCACAAGCAGUUAUCAAACACUAUAAAGGCUAAUAUUAUUCACAUGUAAUUCACACAGGUGCUUAUAUUUAUUUCAGUAAUUUUUGUAUAUUGUCAGGAGCUGUAAAAAAUAAUUUAUUAUACAAAUUUAAUUCAUGCCAUUUGCCUGAUUUGUGAAUAACUGUUGUUACUUAAGAAAUAUACACAAAUGCUGCAUUGGUAAUGCAUUUGGGAAGUCAGAAUUACUUAUACUCUGCUUAGUAAAUAGUAUUAUAUAUUUAAUACAAUGCACCAAAUAAAAUUACUUUUAAUCCUAAAAAAGGGUGUUGCAGUAGACCCUUCUCCUACCCCCCAAAGCAAUAUAAUCCCAUAUGCGUUGCAUUUGCAUAUGAUUUGAAUAUCUGUCAAUUGAAAGAUAAAAAAACCAUUAGCCCCAAAUAUUUCAGAUACUAGUGUCAUACAAAAGUAGCAGAAGAUCCGUUACAGUCCUGUAUUCCCUGUUUGUGAGAACUAGACAGAAUUAAUGCACUGGAUAAAGAAAAAUCAAGGUUUAUAAAAUAAGUAAGAUAUAGUUCCUCAAGCCUUGGUAACUGUAAAGUCUUUUUCUGCCACGUGUAUUCUGGCACCCUGUGAGGUUCUCUUGUAUAUAAAUACUCUUGUGUAUAUCAUUUCCAAUGUCAUUGUCGUGUCGAGAGAGUACGAGUUUGUAAAUUACUAUCAUUAUUGUAUGUUUUACACUUAGUUGAUGGUACUACACCUGUUGUAAAUGUUUCUUUUUUCAGUUGAUGGUACUACACCUGUUACCUUUGUGACAAAUUAGAUCAUUCUCAGUUCUUUCAAUUUUAUGGUAGUAUUUGUGUCAUUGACAUUCCUUAUGAUUUUAGAACAGUUCUGGUUUUUACAAAGCACUGGAGAAGAGGGAGAGUCAUGUGAAGUUGGUAUUUACAAUAGUAUGUAUUUUUAGAUAUUUAUUUGUCAACUUGCUUUUAAGUAUUGUUCCCAAUGUUUCUAUUUAAUUUUGUACAUUUCAUUACAGAAGUAAUCACU